AGUGCAACAAUGAAAAAUCAAGAAGAAGUAAACACCUUACCCUUAGAGAUUGAAGGAUAACUUGGAGAAGUAGAAAUUAUGCUUGCAAAAACUAAACAAGAGGAUGUCCCUAAUGAGGAAGAGGAAAAAGCUCAGGUGUCAUUUGAAGUGUUCAAUGGGGAGUCUCCUUUAACCAAAUCUGAUUUUAAUGAUUAUUUUGUUAUUGAUAUGGUUGAUGAGAUUUUGCAGAAAAACACUUAUGAGGAUCCAUUUGAGAUUUACCUUAUUCAAGCAAAAGACUCAAUCAAAGAAUACCUAAAUUACUUGAACACAUCAUCUUCCUUGGAAUCAAAGGGGGCACUCUUAGAAGAAUUGGGAAGGCACAUCUACUGGCCUAAACCUAAACCACCUCAAAAUAGUCAUUGGAGAAAAUCUUAUGGUGGAUUCAACUUAAGGGCAAGAAAGCCAAGAUUUAGGAAAAUGAGAGGACAUGCCCUACGACCUGAUUCAAAACCACCUUGGAGUGGUAGAAAGUCUAGCUAAUGACUAUAAAUUAAGCGCUUCUUGGGAGGCAACCCAAGUAUAAAAUUUUCUUUUCUUUUAUUUUUCUUUUAUAGUUCAGAAUUUCUUUUAAUUUUUUUCUUUUUCUCUUUAUGGCCUAGGUUAAUGCAUAAAUUGUUGUUCUUUGA